AUGAAAAUGGCGGUGAAAGCGGCAUGUGCUAAAUUUCAGUUUAAUUUAGAUAUUUUGUCUAAACUGAACCAAUGUUUGACAACCAGAGUGGGAAGCCUUUCUCAAUGCAAGGCUUUCUCAAUAAGUUCUUCGAAAAAAGAUUUAAUUGGCCGACCUAAGAAGCCACCUGGUCCAUAUAUCAUAUUUGCAAAUUCUGUAAGAGAGAGAAUUAGAAAAGAAUAUCCAGAUGUGACAUUUGAAGAGUUAAACAAAAAAUGUGGGCAACAGUGGAAGGAACUAGAAGCCAAUGAAAAAAAGAAAUUUAGCAAUGAUUUUGCAAGAAGAAAAGAAGCAUAUGAUGAACAAUUAAAAUAUUUUAAAGAAACAGCAGAAACAGUAGAACAAAAAGCAGAAAUUAAUAUGUCGAAAAAAGCAAGGAGAAAGAUGAAGAGAAAGAAGUUAUCCGGAUUAGGAAAACCAAAAGCUAAGCGAAGUGCUUUUAACUUUUUCACUAAAGCCAGUUGUAGUGGUAAAGAUGCUAUUUCAUUUAGUGAAGCUGCUGAAAGGUUUUCUAAAUUAUCACCUGAAGAAAAAGAGCCAUACUUGAAGGAAUCUGAAAUUGAUGGAGAAAGAUAUUUGAGGGAAAUUAAAGAAUGGGAAGAAGAGAUGAUAGAUAUUGGAAGAACUGAUGUGAUACGAAAGAGAAGGGGAAAAAAGUGAACUGUACCAGUUUUAAGUGCAUUUAUUUUAUUUUCACAAAGAAAAUGGAAGUUAAUGUGAAGUAGUGGUACCAUUUUGAGAUGAACUUUGUUGUAGUCUAUACUAUGUAUCUUUAAGAAUCAUACAAAACACAAGAUACAUUUGAAAGGGAAAAAAAAA